AUUUGUUCUUCUGUUAUAUUACCAUUGUGGUUUAAGGACCACAAAAUACCACUUUAGAGAGGUCUGAUAGAGGUCAGAAGUGAAAUAAAAAAAAACAUUUUUGAGUCUUAAUAGCAUUAGUUUUUGGUUUCUUUUUCAUUUUCUCCAGUUUUGUUAGACUCAGGCAAUAAAAUAACUUGAAAGGGCUAGGAAAAGAUCAUGGUUUGGCUCAAAACAGACCCUUUUGCAGUAUUUAGCACAUUUUUUAAGGCUUGUUUUUUUUGUGUGUUUCACCCAAUCUAAUACAAUACAAUACAAUUUUAAUUAUAUAGCACAUUUAAAAACCAGAGGUAUGGCAAAGUGAUUCACAGAACCAAUUAAGAGCAAUAAUAAAUAGAAAUAAAUAAAAUAAUAAAAAUAAAAUAAAUAAAAAUAAAAUAUACUGACAGGUGGGAGAGAUAACUAACCAAUAAUACACCAGGCAUAGUAGUAGGCACAAGCCGAAAGGCUAAAGGUUAAAUCAUUAUAAACAUUAAUCAAAGCAAAAAACAUAAGUUACAGUACACUUAAAAGGCUAAAUAAAUACGUUUUUAAUGGAGAUUUAAAAGAUUGAAUUGAAUCAGAUGUCUGAUUCAAUUCAAUAGCAAUCUAAAGAUAUUAAUGAACACUAAUAAACUUGUAAUAUGCGCCAGAGUUCAAAGAGAUAUCAAGAUGAGUAUCACAGAAGAGAAAUUUCUGCAUGACAGGCCAAUCACUGCUUUGACUUCCUUAAAUGGAAACGUUUACCUAUGUCAUGUGCAUGAUAUAUACACUAGUUGUCUUUGAGCUCUCAACUGUCAUCACAGAUGGCUGGGCUGCAUGUGUUUGUGGUUGUUCUCCUGGGAGUGGUCUCCUGUCAGAAUUGGAUUCCUGGGUCAGAAGUGAUAAUCCAUGCAGGACACAAUAUCACCCUCUAUUGUGACUGCAAAUUAUCCUCUGGAGUAUAUAUAGUAUGGUACAGGGAUUGUUCUCGUAAGAACCAGCCAUCUCUUGUUUUAAAACUGAAAUAUAAUUCAUGGGGAAAUAACACAUUUGACAUACUGAACCCCUUAUCGCAUUUUCAAUUUGUGAGGAAUUUUUCCUCUGAGUCCUAUGACCUUAUGAUUUUAAACGUCACUGAUUCUGAUGAAGGCCUCUACUACUGUGGAACAGAACAACAACGGCUGGAGGAUAAAGAAUUCAUCGUGCCCAGAUUUAUUUACACAUAUGGCAAUGCCACAACAAGAAUCAUAAUAGGUUCCAGCAAACAUCAUGAACCUCCUCAGAACUGUGACCUAUGUUGGAUGCUGCUAGUCUCUCUUUGUCCAGUUUUUGCUGGCAUCUCCUCACUCUUCUCCUCGCUUCUGGUUUAUCACCUAUGUAGGAAAAGAUUUAUUAACUCUAAAGAACCUGAAGUUGACCAGAUACGUCCUAAAACAAGACGUCUAACAAGAAUAAAUGAGGAUGAAGAUAUGUGUUACGCUGCCCUGGAAAUCCGUCAGGCAUCGCAGAGGCAAAAGAAGAAAACACAGAGUUCUGACUUCUGCACAUAUUCUGCUAUCAAUAUUUCAUAUUCUACACCUUAGUGUGAAGCUGUUUUAUGUGAAAGUGUGAAAACUUUGUAAAUAUGAUUUGUUAAUAUUAUAAAUAUUUUGCUGCAAGCUCCUCUGUUUCUGGUGAUGCCAGCCUUUACUGCAAAGGGUUGAAAAUGUACAGAAAAUACAUUUUGAUUUCAGUAAUUUUCUUGAAUCGGUAUGACUAAUGGAUAUUUUUGUGGUUCAAAAAGGGACAUUUUGGUUCUGUUUGGUUCAAUACUCUGCAUGUGAAGGUUUCGUGUUUUUGUAGCUUCACUGUGAACUGAAAUGUACACAAAAAUUAUAUUUUUUAAUUGAAAUUGUUUUUAUUACGAUGUUUCAGGCUUCAUGUCAUCUGAUUUGUAAGUGAAUUGUUAAUUACUUGGCGUUUUUUAGAAGUUUUUAGAAUAUGCUUGCACUUUUUUAAAUUAAGAGAAGGUAGGUUGCUAUGUGCUUUUUUUACUGAGCUAGCCAACUAGAAAUUAAAUUGGAAUAAAUCUAUUACAUAAAGCUUGACUGACAGUGCUGGCUUAAACCAUAAAAACUAACAAAAAUAGUUACAUUUUCUAUUGACUUGUCUGACACAUGAAUGUCAACAGAGAGUCUUCUGAGUCUUACUGGGAUUAUUUUAACGUCCAUUUUAUUCUUAUUUUUCUCUGGUUAGGUUCAGUCAAUGCAAAAUACUUGGGAGGGGCUGGAAAUACUUAGAACUUGGUAAGGGCUUGGCUCAAAGUACCUUUUCACAGGUUUUAGAACAUUUUAGAAAAGCUCUUUUGCUCUGUUUUCUGUUUUAUCAGUUGUUACUUUUUACUGGUAGAGUGGUUUUUACUGGUAUAACCAGUAAAAACUAUUGUUAUAACUAACAAUGCCUGUACUGUAGUAGUUCAGAGCAUUUGAUAUGUUAGAGUGGCUUUUUCUACAGGAAAUACAACUCAACAUACUAAAUUUGUUUUAGGACACGUCACAAAAAAGGCAAAAAAAGAAAAAGACUCAUCCUUUGCUUAAUGACAGGUCAGCCACAUAAAGUUACAACAA